AUGAGCGUAAGGACAAGAAGACAAAAGGCUGCGGCAGCCUCAGAGGAUACAGAUGCGUCUCCCACUGGCAACGGCUCGGUUCCCACAGGCUCUCCAGGAAAGAAGGCUGCGGAGGAGCCCCAUGAGAAUGUAUUCUUGUUUUGGCCCAACAUUAUCGGCUACGUGCGAAUCGUUCUCGCGGUUGCGUCUCUGUACUACAUGCCCCUCCAUCCUCGCACAUGCUCCUUUCUGUACAGCGUUUCAUGCCUGCUAGAUGCCCUGGAUGGCGUCGCAGCUCGUCACUUUGACCAGUCGACACAGUUCGGAGCCGUGCUGGAUAUGGUUACGGACCGCUGUACGACUGCAUGCCUGUUGGUGUUCUUGAGCUCAGCCUGGCCGCGGUGGGCGAUUCUCUUCCAGGGCCUGAUCAGCUUGGACCUGGCGAGCCACUAUAUGCACAUGUAUGCGACAUUGAGCAUGGGCGGGUCUGGCCAAAGUCACAAGAAGGUCGACUCUAGCCGGAGCUGGAUCCUGUAUCAAUACUACAACAGCAGGACCGUGCUUUUCGUCUGCUGCGCUCUCAAUGAGCUUUUCUUCAUCGGCCUGUACCUGUUGUCCUUCUCGUCACCGACGCUGUCGCCUUCUCUCCUGCAGCCGCUCCCCAACACGGAGUCUGGGCAACCUGCUCAGCCUGUGCCCACUGCGAUUUUCCCCAGUCCAUGGAGCGCCGGCGCCCUCGAAUUGGCCCGUGCCAACAAACUGGACAGCUUCUGGCCCUGGGUGAUCACCGGGAUCUCCGCUCCUGUCAUGGCGCUCAAGCAGUUCAUUAACGUGGUGCAGCUUGUCAAGGCCAGCAAGUGGCUAGCCGAGGGCGAUCUCGCGAAGCGCAAAGCUGCCAGAGCGCAGAAAAACUCUAUGAGUCUGCGUCAAACGUAUACGCCGCUGUCGUUACUUCCGCAUGGAGUCGCGUCAUUGAAUCCGGUCCGGUCAUUUGAUAGGGCAAUUUCUUCUUAUCUUGCUCCUAAUACUCAUAAUCAUCGUUUUAAUUCAGCUAAUGUGUCCCUGUCAGAUUUAGUUUCCAUUCAAACUUCACAUCAGUGA